AACAUUCCGAGCUCAAUAUAUCAUAAUAUUCAAAGAAACCACGUGCCGGGCGUUUGGUAGCGCCUAGCAGCAUGCACACAAUUACCAGCAAGAAGCUCAACAGCGAGGAUAUCGCCGAGGUGCACAAAUGGCUACAGCAGAACGAUAUAAAUACGACGCGUUUGCGUCGCGAAUUUUCGGACGUCUUGCCGCUGGCGGAGAUGAUGAAGCGCGAUCAUCCGCGCCUGGUGGAUCUCAAUAAUUUUCCGAAACGCAGCAGCGUUCAGCUGAAGGUGGCCAACUGGGAGACGUUCAAUUACAAGGUGCUGACCAAAUUCAAUUUGACAUUAAGUCGCGAAUUUAUCGAGCUGCUAUCAACGGGAGCACGCGGCGCCGCCGAGGUUCUGCUCCAUGAGAUAAUGCGGCUAAAGAAGCGACAGCGUGUCGUCGAGACACGCAACGCGAUACUGGCCCAGGAGCAAAUCUGGGAGGAGAACGACGAGGUGAAAACCGUGGUGGUCAACAAACAGGUCGGCGACGGCAUUGUUCAGGUACCGCAAAAGAUGAUACUCUAUUCGCUGUACGAGAAAAUGGCGCGCGACAAUCUGGCCAAGGAGGCGAUCAUUGAGUCGAACCAGAAGCGACUCGCCCACAUGGAGAACAUCAUCAAGGUGAAGACGGAACGCAUCGACGAGCUGCUCAUGCAGAUGGGCAAGGCCCCAACCAAGCUAUGCACCAGUCCUCGUCUCCAGUGCUCCAGUGCCACACGGGUCCCCUCCACAUCUCUGAUCAGCUACGAGGCCUUGGGCGCCAUACGCAAGCGACAUCCCAAUACGCCCGCCUCAUCCGACUAGAGCCCUGAUCUGACAUCCGCCCGCCCCUCAAUCGGAAUUUCCCGUUAAUUAUUACACACACACACACACACACACACACACACACACACACACACGAAUCAUAUAUAUACAUAUAUAUAUUUAUUAUUAGCGUAAAGCGAACCGUGGUAAGCGCAAGUUUGACCAGUUGCAUUCCCAGAUUUCCUUCAAAUUGUAUUUCAGAGUUACUUUCAAUUUCAAUUCCACAUUUCCCCGCACGUCUCGGCAACUCGAACACACAAUCUCUCUCUCUCUCUCUCUCUCUCUUUUUUCUUCCGGGGAAUCAGAUUUCAAAUUUUGAGCGAGCUAUCCAAAAUUUUAACAAGACAAUUUUUAAAAAUUGUAGUCGAUAACGUAAAUGUGUGUGCUCUACAAGUAAAACAUCGCGUGACAGCAAAUGGUUUUCCGAGUUUCAAA